CUGACCCAAAACUGGCCCUCCCUUAUUGGGCAUUUGUAUAUUUUCAGGAAGCUUCACCAAAUAAGCAUGUUUUGAUAGUUUUUAAAUGGAUGAGAUUAUACCGUGUUCUUUAUUUUUGGGUUUACUCUUCUAUUUCUGAAACAUUUCUCACGAGACGCAGGCAACCGAAUCUGUUUUGUGCCGAUUGUUAAAUAGCUCGCGCAGUCAUGCCGUCGUAUGAUCUGACAUUGUAUUAGAAGUUAGCCAUUAGUUAGGUUUUCUCUGCUUUACACCACCCUUACAUUUUUUUGCAAUGUCUUCUAUCCUGGAUGAAUACGAGGACUCGCUGAACAGCAGGCACCCUGUGCAACACAGUAGCCGCCUGUCUGCUGCCAACAUCGGCAUGACACACUCCGGGUUCGUGAAUGUGAGACUGGAGGAGGAGAAGCCGAUAUUCAACAAACAGAGGAUUGAUUUCUCGCCCCCAGAGAAGAUCAACCACUUUGCUGUGUGCAACAAUCAGCUAUGCAUGAGUUUAGGGAAGGACACUCUGCUGAGGAUUGACCUUGCUAAGCCAGACCGGCCCAACCAGGUAGAACUGGGGAGGAAGGAGGACAGCAGAGUACACAAGCUUUUCCUGGAUCCCACAGGGUCCCACCUGGUGAUUUCUCUCAGUACCAGCGAGUGUCUGUAUCUGAACAGGAACACCCAGAAGGUGAGGUCUCUGUCCCGCUGGAGAGGACACCUCAUAGAGAGUGUAGGCUGGAACAAGCUGCUGAGGACAGAGACUAACACUGGGCCCAUCCUAGUGGGAACCAGCCAGGGAAUUAUCUUCGAGGCUGAGAUCUCUGCUUCAGAGGGAAGCCUGUUUAACACCAACCCCGACCAGUACUUCAAACAGGUCCACUCCCUGGAGGAGGACGGGAGGCCUGCUCCCGUGUGCUGUAUAGAGGUGGAACGAGGUCCCGAGUCUAAAGUAGUCAUCAUCGCCACCACCAGGAAGCGUCUGUUCCAGUUCGUAGGUCGUGUGGCGGAGGGGUCCGAGCAGCAAGGCUUCAGCGCCAUCUUCUCACAGAACCAGGAGCUUCUGCCCAGCUUCCAGGAGUUUCCGUUUAACAUGGGCUACAGUGAGAUCACCUUCUACACCUCCAAGCUCAGGUCCUGCCCCAAGGCCUUCGCAUGGAUGAUGGGUAAUGGAGUUCUCUACGGUCAGCUGGACUACAUCAGGCCGGACUCGCUGCUCAGUGACGUGCAGGUGUGGGAUUAUACUCCAGACAUAGACUUCAGUUUCAACAAGCCCAUCUCCAUCGUGUUGACUCAGUUCCACUUUCUACUCCUCCUCCCAGACCGCGUCACUCUCUCUCUGUCUCUCUGCACCCUCAAUGGGCAGGUGGUGUACGAGGAUGUGUUCCCUGAUAAGUUCGGCACUCUGAAGAAGAUGAUUAAGGACCCAGCAGGAGGCCUGGUGUGGAUCUACACUGAGAAGGCCGUCUUUAGAUACCACAUCCAGAGAGAAGCCAGGGAUGUGUGGCAGAUGUACAUGAGCAUGAACAAGUUUGACCUGGCUAAGGAGUACUGCCGGGACCGGCCAGAGUGCAUGGACAUGGUCCUGGCUAAAGAGGCAGAACACUGCUUCCAGGACAAACGUUACCUGGAGAGCGCUAAGUGCUACGCUCUGACCCAGAACUACUUUGAGGAGAUUGCGUUGAAGUUCAUCGAGGCGAAACAGGAAGAAGCUCUGAAAGAGUUCCUUCUGAAGAAACUCAACAACCUGAAGCAGAGUGAGAAGACCCAGAUCACCUUACUGGUCACCUGGCUGACUGAGCUCUACCUGAACCGCCUGGGGCUUCUCCAAUCAGACGAGGGGAAACGUGGGGUGUUCCAGGAGACGCGUGAUGAGUUCCGGAAGUUCUUCAGUAGCUCCAAACACAAGGAGUGUCUCUAUAACAACCGAACGACCAUCUAUGACCUGCUGGCUAGCCACGGCAACGUGGACGACAUGGUCUACUUCUCUGUCAUCAUGCAGGACUAUGAGAGGGUGAUCUCUCAUCACUGUCAGCAUGAUGACUACAGCGCCGCCCUGGAGGUGCUCUCUAAGCACUGCGACGAGAAGCUCUUCUAUAAGUUUUCCCCCAUCCUCAUGCAACACAUACCUAAGAAGGUGGUAGACGCCUGGAUCCAGAUGGGUUCCAGGCUGGAACCUAAGAAGCUGAUCCCAGCCCUGGUCAACUACAGUCAGAUGGGCUCAACGCAACAGGUCAACGAGACCAUCCGUUACAUGGAGUUCUGUGUCUACCAGCUCACUGUGACAGAAGAGGCCAUACACAACUACCUGCUGUCCCUCUACGCCAAGUACAAACCUGAUAGUCUCUUGUGGUACCUGGAACAGGCUGGGUCCCACUUGUCAGAUAUCCACUAUGAUUUAAAGUAUGCCCUGAGGCUGUGUGCUGAACAUGGUUACCUCCAGGCCUGCGUUCUGGUCUAUAAGAUCAUGGAGCUGUAUGAGGAAGCUGUCGAUCUGGCCCUACAAGUGGAUGUGGACUUGGCCAAGACGUGUGCUGACCUGCCUGAGGAUGACGAGGAGUUGAGGAAGAAGUUGUGGCUGAAGAUCGCCUGUCACGUGGUGCAAGAGGAGAAGGAUGUGAAGAAGGCCAUGAACUGUCUGUCCAGCUGUAACCUGCUCAAGAUAGAAGACAUACUGCCCUUCUUCCCGGACUUCGUCACCAUAGACCACUUUAAGGAGGCCAUCUGCAGCUCUUUAGAGGAGUACAACCAGCAUAUAGACGAGCUGAAGCAGGAGAUGGAGGAGGCGACGGAGAGCGCCAAGCGGAUCAGAGAGGACAUCCAGGAGAUGAGGAACAAGUACGGGGUGGUGGAGAACCAGGAGAAAUGUGCUGCCUGCGACUUCCCCCUCCUCAACAGACCCUUCUAUCUGUUCCUCUGUGGUCACAUGUUCCACUACGACUGCCUCUUCCUGGAGGUGACCCCUCACCUGUCCACCUACAAGCAGACUAAACUAGGUGAGCUGCAGAAGAGGUUGGCUGCAGCCACUCAGACCUCCAAGUCUCGCCACCGCCCCGCCCCCAAGGAGAAGGAGGAGGGGGGUGACACCGCCAGCCUGGGGAAAGGAAGCGCCGGGGUCAGCCGAGAGCAGAUCAAGUCCGACAUCGAUGACAUCAUCGCCUGCGAGUGCGUGUACUGCGGCGAGCUGAUGAUCAAGUCGAUCGACAAGCCAUUUAUUGAUCCACAGAAGUUUGAGGAGGAGAAGUCCAGCUGGCUCUGAAAUGGACGGUUGGACCUGCCUGAAACUGGGCAGGUUUGAAAUGGCGGACUUGAGGUGGCUGUCUGAAUGGAACGGGUCUGAAAUGGGCUGUCUGAACUCUUGAUUGAAAUAGACAUGUCUUAUUUCAGAAAUGGCUGAAAUUUGCAACUUAUGCUGUCUGAAAUGGAAUAUCUCUCUGUGACAAUGGGGAAGUAGAGCCACCUCUGCACAGUGCCUGGUGAUGGAGAGACACAGGGAAGGGGAAGAAUGCAGGAUCUCCUUGGUAACCUCUUAUCAAAAUCAAAUGUUAUUUGUCACAUGCCGCGAAUACAACAGGUGUAGUAGACCUUACAGGGAAAUGCUGAAUACAACAGGUGUAGUAGACCUCACAGUGAAAUGCUGAAUACAACAGGUGUAGUAGACCUCACAGUGAAAUGCUGAAUACAACAGGUGUAGUAGACCUCACAGUGAAAUGCUGAAUACAACAGGUGUAGUAGACCUCACAGUGAAAUGCUGAAUACAACAGGUGUAGUAGACCUCACAGUGAAAUGCUGAAUACAACAGGUGUAGUAGACCUCACAGUGAAAUGCUGAAUACAACAGGUGUAGUAGACUUCACAGUGAAAUGCUGAAUACAACAGGUGUAGUAGACCUCACAGUGAAAUGCUGAAUACAACAGGUGUAGUAGACCUCACAGUGAAAUGCUGAAUACAACAGGUGUAGUAGACCUCACAGUGAAAUGCUGAAUACAACAGGUGUAGUAGACCUCACAGUGAAAUGCUGAAUACAACAGGUGUAGUAGACCUCACAGUGAAAUGCUGAAUACAACAGGUGUAGUAGACCUCACAGUGAAAUGCUGAAUACAACAGGUGUAGUAGACCUCACAGUGAAAUGCUGAAUACAACAGGUGUAGUAGACCUCACAGUGAAAUGCUUACUUACAAGCCCUUAUACAACAAUGUAGUUUUAAGAAAAUACCACCAUCAACAACGACAAAGUAAGAGAUAAGAAUAGCAAAUAAUUAAAGAGCAGCGGUAAAAUAACAAUAGUGAGACUGUAUACAGACAGGGUGGUACCGGUACAGAGUCAAUGUGCAGGGGCACCGGUUAGAUACGGUAAUUGAGGUAAUUAUGUACAGGUAGGUAGAGUUAUUAAAGUGACUAUGUAUAGAUGAUAACAACAGCAAGUAUCAGCAGUGGUGUAGAAGGGGGGGGGGGGCAUAUAGUCUGGGGAGCCAUUUGAUUGGCUCCUCUGUCUCUGUAAUAUCAAUAUCAUAUAUUCUAGUCUCUCUCUCGUUUUUCUGCUAAGCUUCAGACUGUACUGAGGCAAUGUCAGUCUCUCUCUCUCUCGUUGUUCUGCUAAGCUUCAGACUGUACUGAGGCAAUGUCAGUCUCUCUCUCUCUCGUUUUUCUGCUAAGCUUCAGACUGUACUGAGGCAAUGUCAGUCUCUCUCAUUUCUUAAUCAGACGUUACUACAGUAGAACAGUUCACCGUCUUUACAACUCAAAUCUGUCUGAAUUAACAAAAAACAACUCUGAAAUUGUCUCUCUGAAAUGAUAUUUGAUAAAUUCAGAUGUAUUCAUCCCUAACUGGUAUUUAGUUAAUUCCACUGGCUAGAGACAUGAAUAGUACUAUAGAAUGAAUGUAAUGAAUUCGUCUUGUUGUUAUUUGUCACUUGUGACAUCACGAGAACUCCCUUGUUUCAUUGGCUGACAGUGUAUUCUGUUGAGACUCUGAGAUCAGGUCAAUGCAACUACACUUUUGCUAUGGUUUGCUAAAUGCACUUAUGAAAAUUAAACAAAUGUUUAAAAUCAA